CCCUCGGUGACCAACAGCGCGGCGCGGCCAAGAAAUAGCAAAGAGAAAGUGCGAGACACGAAGAGAGAACACAAUGUGCGGCGGCGCCAUCCUCGCGGAGCUGAUCCCGCCGACGACGCGUGGUGUGUCCAAGCUUCCGGCCACGGGCCGUGCGUGGCCGGCGAGCUCCGAGUCCAAGAAGGGCGUCAAUCACAAGCACGCCGAGGUCGACGACUUCGAGGCCGCCUUCGAGAACUUCGAGGACGACUUCGACCUCCUGGCAGAGGAGGAGAAUGACGACGCCCAUGUCGUUUUCGCGUCCAAGCCUGCAUUCUCUCCUGCCUUCGAUGAUGGUCGCGCGGCACGGUCGGCAAGCAAGAAGAAGCGCGUCCGCCGCCUCCACGGCAUCCGGCAGCGGCCAUGGGGCAAGUGGGCGGCGGAGAUCCGCGACCCGUACAAGGGCACCCGCGUCUGGCUCGGCACGUUCGACACGGCCGAGGAUGCAGCCCGGGCCUACGACGUCGCCGCCCGCCGCCUCCGCGGCAGCAAGGCCAAGGUCAACUUCCCCGACGCUGCCGGUGCGCGCUCGCGCCGUGCAGCAGCCAACCGCAGAACCGUGCCGAAAUCGCAAUGCCCUCGGGCGCAGACGAUGGCGUACACUGCUACGGAAGCAACAUAUGCACAGCAGAAGCAGGGCGCGGUGGCCGUGAAGCCCGAGCUGAUGGCGUCUUUCGACAUGGAUGCUUUCUUCGAACUGACGGCCGCCGUCGCCGUGCUCCCGCCGGUCAAGGUGAGCUCCGCGAAGAAGCCGAUGGUAGACCAGGACUCGUCGGUGGCGAGCAGCGGCGCCGCCGCGCUGGCGUUCGCGGACGAGCUGGGGUUCGAUCCGUUCAUGCUGUUCCAGCUACCUUGCUCGGACACGUACGAAUCCAUCGACAGCUUCUUCGCCGGCGAGGCUAACAUCCAGGAUGCCAUCGGCGUGAACAACGGCAUGGACGGCGUCAGCCUCUGGAGCUUUGACGACUUCCCCAUGGACGGGGCCCUUUUCUGACGUUGUUCGUGUUAUGCACUCGAUCACUUGUAAGAAUAUAUUCUGCGCUUCUACAGCUGGAGUUUAUUCGUCAGACUGUGUAUCUUGUACCGAUGGCCGGCUGAUCAAACUGUAUUGUACUGUGUCCUGAUUUGUGCUACCCUUUCAUACUGUUGAUCAAUAGUCCUACCAAGUGAUCAUGUCGGUGAUGGCGUCUAUUAGUGCGUUUGUGCUUGUUAAUACGGAGUACCAAAUAAGUUUGUGAUGUUGUGUAA